ACUACUACCCACAGCACUACACGCUACAGCAACAGCCAGCCCUCUCAUCGCUCCUCCUCCUCCUCGCGCGACGCCGGCGACUCCCCUCAUCCACCGCACGCUGCCGGCGACUUCCCUCAUCCAUCGCACGCUGCCGCCGAAAAUAUCAAGUAUCCUCCCCGCAGCCGUGGCCCUCCUCGCCGGAAUCAGGCGGCCACCAGAUUUUCAGGUAACAAACUUCAGCUCAUUGUGGAUAGGAGCUUUUGUCUUAUGGAUGAGAUUGGAUUCAUUGGAGAUAAUCAUCCGGAAGAUGUUAGAUGGCUUUGUUCCUUGUCGGAGUCGGAACUUGACAUGCUGAUUAGCCUGAAGAAGCUUGCCCUUCAACGAGCUCGAGCUGUUGGGCAUGAAAGUCUAGCCCAGAAAUUUGAUUUAAAAAUGCUUCGAGCACUUGGGUUUGUUUUGAUGCAGGACCUAAAAGAAAAGGUAAAUGACUCGCAAUUGACAGGAUCGAUUGCAUCAGAAGAUCUGUUUGAUGGGUCUAAUCUGUUGAAACUGGAUUUGGAGGACAGAGUAGAGACAGGAGAGCAAGCAAAGGCAAGCAAGGUGGCCCCUAAUUUGAAGAGAAAGAAUCCCGAUAACUCUCAUGACUCUGAUUAACAAGAAACUGGAGGCUUUGGUGCAUAUUGUGUUGUCAUAGCCAAGUGCGUCGUAGAGAGGCGUACAGCAGAAGACUACGAGUUCUUUUCGAUGAUAAUUAGUCGUAACUUACAACCCAUGUAAACUAUUCUCGUUGGAUCAGUCUCCAUCCUAAGAUGGAAGAAGAAGAGGUUCCUUGAUACGUACAUGAUUCUAAGCAUAAGAUGGUUUUAGAGUGAAAGUUUUGUAAAUUCUUUUGUCCUAGGAUUUUUUUUUUUUGACAUCAGGUCCUAGGAAAUAUUGUAGUUUUAGAAAGUAGUACAAAGAUAUUAAACUUUUCUGUUUCAUACUGUUUGUAGCUGUGUUGCAUACGGCCAUAGAUUUCUGAUGUGUGUGAUUAGGUUAUAAGUCACAAUAGUCUCUAAAUUGAUUUGACAGACUUUUUUUAAGUCAAGUGUUGGUUGGUGGAUUGAUCUAUGUGAAUAUUGAUGAUAAUUUGAUUGUUGUA